AUGACCCAGCAUCGUCCGGGACUACACCUACACGAAGCACGUUUGUCGGGACUCUACACAUCGAAGGCGGCACUCAAGAAGAAGCACGUGGACGGAAUUUUCUCCAUCAACCAGCAUCAACCUGAUCGGUCUGGACUGGAUCUAGCUGUUCAAGCUAUCUGCAAUCUGCAACCAGGUCCACGUUGCCGAUGGUCAAGUCAAUCAAAUCCAAGUGUACAAAGCUGCGUAUCCCGAAGUGUUCAAGAACGGCCUCGGACACUGCAAGAAGAUGAAGGUCCGACUCUAUCUCAAGCCCGAUGCCAAACCCGUUUUCAAGCCGCGCGCCCAGUUCCUUUCACGUCCAUGGAGAAGAUCGAUGCGGAGCUGGACCGACUUCAAUCGCUGGGCAUCAUCACGCCUGUCGAUUUCUCGCAGUGGGCGGCUCCGAUCGUCGUAGUGAAGAAGCCCGGAGGAAAAGUACGAAUCUGUGCCGAUUACUCAACUGGACUGAACGCUGCCCUGGAGCCCAACCAUUACCCGCUACCGGUCCCUGAUGACAUCUUUACCAAGCUCAAUGGGUGCCGGUAUUUCAGCGUCAUCGACCUGAGUGACGCCUAUCUUCAAGUGGAAGUUGACGACGACUCGAAGCAGCUGCUCACAAUCAACACGCAUCGAGGUCUCUUCCGCUUCAACCGGCUCGCACCAGGAGUAAAAUCCGCUCCCGGGGCCUUCCAGCAGUUGAUGAACAGCAUGGUUGCCGAUCUCGAAGGAGUGGACACGUUUCUGGACGACAUCUUCGUGGCCAACAAAACUGAAGAGGAGCACCACAAGAUGCUCAACGCGCUGUUUCAACGCCUUCAAGCCUACGGUUUCGUUCUGAGGGAAGAAAAGUGCAACAUUCUGCAGCCGGAGGUAAAGAAUUUGGCGCACAUCGUAGACGAGAACGGUCUCCGUUCAGACCCAUCCAAGGUGGAAGCCAUUGUCAAGAUGCCACCGCCCAAAGAUGUCACAACUCUACGCUCGUUCCUUGGUGCGGUGAAUUUCUACGCGAAUUUUGUCCCGGAGAUGCGGCAGCCACUCGACGCGCUGCUGAAGAAGGAUGCCAAAUUCGUUUGGAACAGCGAGUGCCAGAAAUCGUUCAGGCGCUUGGAGGAAGUACUCCAGUCGGAUUUGCUUCUGACACACUACGAUCCAUCACUAGACAUCAUAGUUGCUGCCGACGCCUCGCAGUCCGGAAUCGGUGCCUGCCUUCUACACAGGUUCCCCGAUGGCUCACUCAAAUCUGUUGCACACGCUUCCCGCUCACUCACACCCGCGUAGGCAAAUUACGGACAGAUCGAGAAGGAAGGUCUUGCACUGGUGUUUGCCGUAACGAAAUUCCAUCGGAUGCUGCUUGGACGCAAGUUCACCCACCAGACGGAUCAUCAGCCACUCCUGCGGAUAUUCGGACAGAAGAAGGGUAUUCCGGUUCACAUGGCCAACCGCCUUCAACGUUGGGCCCUGACGCUGACCACAUUGCUGAUUUUGUGAAGAGAUG